AUGCUAACUCCACCACUGUACUGUUCUAUCUGUUCUUCUCCUUGCCAUCUACCCCGUAUUCCACUUCCGCUACCACUCUCUACCUCGUCUUCAUUGUGUCAGGAAGACAUGCAAUCACAAUCGCAUCACAGACCAGAAGAAUGGUUAUCAGCAUGGUACUGUCUUCGAGUUUCUUCAGAUUUAGUCGAUCCUACUCCAUUCUUAUUCCAUUCGGUCGAACCGUCUCCUCUCCCACUUCCACUUCUACAGUCUGGUGGAUCGAAUGAAAAAAGCCAAAAAGAGGAGGAACCUUCCCGUCGAUGUAUACCAAUUCAUUCGUAUUGUCUUUCCCUAAUCCUGCAGACUAUCCGUAAAACACCUUACUCCAAUGCACGCUCGCACGAAGAGAGCGUAUUGUUAAAUUGGUCAUUACCCAAAUGGACAGGAUACUUUCCCUGGUCCGAUCUUACUGCGAAAGAGAAAGAAGAAGCAUUUGCUGUUCCAGAAGGAUUGACGGGUAAGGACGGACAGAGACAAGGGAUGGUUAUGAAACCUGGUUUUUGGGGUGGGACGUGGGAUAUGAGAAGUAGAUUCGCAAGGGUUGGUGAUCAUUUGGCAGCAGAUGACCUCAUAUCACCUUUAAAUAUCCCACCUCCGACCUCACGUUUACUCACACCUCCCUUCUACAACAGCUACAACGUUGACAGACCCAAUCAACCUCCCAACUGUAAAUUACUUGAUCUUUCUUUACCAAUCCUAAAUCGAAUUAUCGAAUAUAUCCUUGACGAACCUCCCAUCCCUUCUUCUUCAAGUCACAAUGACAAGAAUCAACCCAAGUCCAAAGUCACCUCAUUCUUAAAUCCUCAAUCGGUAAAUACAUUCCUCUCAUUCUCCCAAACAUGUUCAACACUCUAUCACUUACAAAUACCUUCAUAUGUUUGGAGAACGUUAGUGGAAGAUUCAGUCAAAGUAUAUAAGAACGGAUUGUUACAGCGUUGGAGAGCUAAUCCUACCGGUGUCGGAUCAGCCAUGCAAUUAUGGGAAAGUUCAGAAAAUGAUUUUGAUAAUUCCGUUAACAAAGUUAUCCAACAAGCUAUCAAAAAUAAUCAGAAUCAGAAUCAGGAUCAGGAUCGCUAUGCAUCCGUAGAGGGACAGCAAGGAGUGCACAGUGGAUACGAUAUGAAAGAUGUUUGGUUAUGGUGGAAUUACAAUUUGCAGUGGAAGAGUAAAAGAAGGAUUUGGAAAUGUGUGGUUCAUGCAACAGCAACUGCUAGAGAUGCUGAUUGGUGGUAA